CAUCGCCAUUACUCAAUCAUCCUUCCUUUCAAUUAAACCCAAACCAAUCACUAAUCACCCUGCCUCCCCUUUCUCCAUUUAAAUAUUACAUAAAAAUCAUAACUUUUUGACUCCCAUUAUUGUACCUUCACUGCAAAUGAAGCUCCUCUUCAAUGGCGCUGCUCCCCACUCUCUAAUUCCACUUCCUUCUUGGCCCUUGUUGAAUCUAAACUUGUUGGGAAUUGGGGAUUUUGCAUGAUUUCUUCUGGGUUUCGUUUUGUUUUCUGAAUGCCCUUCUCUUUUCUCUUCACUUUCCCUUUCUUGGGUUUGUAAAAACAGAGAAAGUGAGGGGAAAAUCCUCUGUUUUUGUUCUCUCAGAGUGGUGAUGGAUGAUUAUGAAGCAACAAGAAUUGUGUUCUCAAGGGUUCAAAAUCUAGACCCUGAAAAUGCCUCCAAAAUCAUGGGCCUCAUCCUGCUCCAAGAUCAUGGGGAAAAGGAAAUGAUCAGGUUGGCGUUUGGCCCUGAAGCUCUGAUUCACUCCAUAGUACUCAAGGCCAAAACAGAGCUCAAAUUCACCUCAUCAAGGCCCAAAAUUAAUCACCCAGCUCUUGCAAUUCCAAACCCAGAUGAUUUUUUCAUCGCUCCUCAGAAUUUUUCUGCUGCUGCUUGUGGAAAUGGAGGAGGAGGUGAUGGAAUUGAUGAGCUUCAGCUUCAGGAUCAUCUCUCGUUCGAAAACCCAGAUUUCUUUUACCCUCCUCCGCCGGCGAGCCCGACCGGCGGCGACCGGAUGUUCGCCGGUGGUUGGUCGGACGAGGUGGGUUUGGGGCUGGGAUGGCGGCCGUGUCUGUACUUUGCCAGAGGGUAUUGUAAGAACGGGGGGAGUUGCAGGUUUUCCCACUCCGGCGGCGGUGAGCUUGGUUUGAAAUCGACGGUGGCGGCCGACGGCGGCGGCGGCGGCAGGGCGGAUGUGGUGGAGCAGUGUAGUGAUUUUCUUCUCCGGUCGAAAUCGGCUCUGCAGCAGAGAUUGGCUGCUGCGGCUUUCGGUAACUGUAACUUCUUCCCCUAUUCGCCGGCGGCGGCUUCCGAUUUCCUUCUUCAACAGCAGCAAAAUGAAAUGCGAAGAGCGGCGGUGGGAUUAUCCAUGGCGGAGGAGUCAACCAACUCAGGGAGAUUCCGGCUAGAAAGAAGCGAAUUUUCCGGCGGCGGAAUGGGGAAUCCGGCGGCCAGACAAAUUUACUUGACAUUUCCUGCGGACAGCAGUUUCAAAGAGGAAGACGUGUCCAAAUAUUUCAGCUUUUAUGGACCGGUUCAGGAUGUGAGGAUCCCAUAUCAGCAGAAGAGGAUGUUUGGAUUCGUGACUUUCGUGUACCCGGACACGGUUAAGCUUAUUCUGGCUAAGGGAAAUCCCCAUUUUGUCUGUGAUUCUCGUGUUCUGGUUAAGCCUUAUAAGGAGAAGGGAAAAGUCCCUGACAAGUUCAGGAAACAGCCAAUGGAAAGGGGGGAUUUCUCACCUUGUGGUACUCCUACUAGUGUUGAUUCUAGAGAGCUUCAUGAUCUUCAUCUUGGGGCAAGAAUGUUGUACAACAGUCAAGACAUGCUAUGGAGGAGGAAACUAGAGGAGCAAGCUGAUUUGCAGCAAGCCCUUGAGCUUCAAGCUUUAAGAGUAACGAAUUUGCAACUUGUUGAUGUGAAAAAGCCUCACCACCACCACCCUGCAAUUCCCUCCCCCACUCACUCUCCCAAGCCCUUCAAUGAAACCCCUUUUUUCCAUUCAAUUUCUUCCAACCCACAACUUCUUCAAGAGAAUGGCUCGAACCGCUUGCUCGAGAUGGAGCCGCAAAUGAUGUUGCACAAUGUGGAUUCUGCAACUGACGGUGACAAUAGUAAUGGGAAGGAGACUGACGUGCAAGAAACAAGUUUGGAGCAUAAUCUCCCUGACAGUCCCUUCGCCUCUGCCUUGUACACGCCUAACGGUGUCGCGGCGGAUGACUCGGAUGCCUUGACUGACAAUCAUUCUGCAGCUUCGUCUUUCAUUUCAUCAUCGAACCUUGACGCACCCUUCAAAUCUUUCAACUGCCAGUACUCUUCUGGCCAUGGAGCCAUUGGAUUGUACGCGAGCACGGGCGGACCGACAUGCAGAGUCGGGAUUUAGCUUCCUAUUUAGCUCCAUCAUAACACCAAGGACAUGAGAAUUACCAUAACAAAACAUAAAACAAAAAGAAUCAAAGGAGAGGCCAUUCUUCUAUGAUUGUUGUUGUAGCUAGUUGUAGUUUUUCAAUUUAUUUAGUGUAGUAUUGAAGUAACUAAAGAGAGGAGAUAACAACUAAAGGAGAGUAAAACGACAAAGAGAGGCAAUGUCCGACAUGUAGUUUUGGCUGCUUUGGGCACUGUAAUUCUCUUACCAAUGUAAAUCUUACAAGGGGGAAUUCAGAAGCCAACAUUUUCAAAUUUUAGUCUUCUUUGUACAUCAAAACCGUUUAUGAUUAAAUUGAAUGAUCAAUGCUCAUAGUCUUUUCAAAA